GAGUGCGACCGUUAGAGACGCUGCAGCAGCAGGUGGAAGGUGUUGAAAUCUCUCGUCUUUUGGGCCGUUUCUCUGGAAAAGAAUUUGAUAAAAAUUCACUUUACAAACCCGAACCGUUAGCUUCAACGACAAUGGCUGAAAGCGACAACAAGAGCGCAAAUGUUUUAGCUCAGGAAACGGCCCAGCUGGAGGAGCAGCUGCAGGGCUGGAGGGAGGUGAUCCUAGCCGGAGAUCGGGUCCUGCGCUGGGAGAAGCCCUGGUUCCCUGGAGCCCUGAUUGGUGUUACCACCGUGGUCUUCCUGCUGAUUUACUAUCUGGACCCAUCAGUGUUGACUGGACUCUCCUGCACCGUCAUGCUGCUCUGCCUGGCUGAUUACUUCGUGCCCACCCUCGCUCUCAAAGUGUUUGGCUCCAAUAAGUGGACCACCGAGCAGCAGCAGCGUUUCCAUGAGAUCUGCAAUAACCUGGUGAAGAGUGAGCGUCGGGUCGUCGGCUGGUGCAAGCGUCUCUGCAGCCUUAAAGAGGAGAAGCCCAAAGUGUACUUUGCCUCAGUGAUCAGCGGCCUGCUGGCGGUGGCCUGGAUCGGACAACAGGUCCACAAUCUCUUCCUCACCUACCUGAUUGUGAGCUUUCUGCUGCUGCUGCCGGGCCUGAACCAGCAUGGUGUCAUCUCCAAGUAUGCAGCCAUGGCCAAGAGGGAGAUCAACAAACUGCUCAAGCAAAAGGAGAAGAAAACCCAGUAGAGGAAGUGUGCAGAAGGGGAGGAGUGUCCAGGAGAGUGAAGAGAAGAACGUUUUUAGAAAAGAAAGCAGAAACCAGACGUUUGUGUCAAUGAGCAAAAAGCACUUUUUGUUUUCACACAUUGGCUAAGUUGUAUUUCUUCACAUCUCCCACCGUGUGACAUUUAAACUUCAUCACCCCUAAACCAGGCAUGCAGGCACCACAUGACGUUAAUCACGAGUGAAAAAUCCUUGUUUCGUAGAUCAGCUGCUUUGUUUUACAGCGUCAGCAAUGCUUUAAGCCAUUCCCUCGGAUUAGAUGGUGACUACUGAGCACUUCAAGCAUUGCUGCACCUUUUAACCCUGUUUAUUCACAGUAAUAAUUUCUUCCUGGGGGGUUGGUUUGUGUAAAAUAAGGAUUAUGAAAGUUUUUAUGUUUGUGCUUAAUGUUACUUUGUUGUAUUUGAACACCGUGCUGAAAAAUAACUGGAUUUAAAGCUGAGCUAACCAGGAGUUGAACUGCUUGAAGAUGGAGGUUCUGCUGUAUCUGCUGGCUGAAUAUGGAUCUGUUGAUGCUUUUUAAACCCCAGUGAGUUGUGAUGGGGGGGGGGGGGGGUGGGGGGUCUCUGUGUGAGGCUGUCCUCUGUCCUGUUAGAAAUUUCUUUUCUUAUUUAUGUGUCUGAUCUCGUUUCUGAUCUUAUUUUGUCUUUGUGAGAGACCCCCAGCCAUGAAUAAAGUUUAAUUUUAAACCA